UUAAAGUCACUGCAUUUAAAAUUUAUUUAUCUUUUUGGCCAAGACCAGGGCUCCAGGUGCCAGAAGAGAAGGAUUUUGCUCCAAGCUCUUAGUAGUAGACAUCUGACUGAAACCCAGAGUUUAAAGACUUGUAGGAAUCCCUCUUCGGGACUCUGAAGGCAGCAGAAAGAGGACAUGGGAAGGAAUAUCAGCAUGGUGACCAAUUUCAUCCUCUUGGGAUUUUCAGAGAGUCCAGAGCUGCAGAUUUUCCUCUUUGUGUUGUUCCUGGGGAUCUAUUUCAUGACACUGGCUUGGAACCUGGGUCUCAUUGUCCUGAUCAGGAUGGAGUCGCAACUCCACUCCCCCAUGUAUUUCUUCCUUGGUAACUUGUCCUUUGUCGAUAUUUCAUACACCUCCUCUGUCGCUCCUAAGAUGCUCUGUGACUUCUUCAAAGACCAGAAGGCCAUCUCCUUUGCGGGUUGUGCUGUUCAGUUUUUCUUCUUCAUUGGGAUGGGAGGCACUGAGUGCUGUCUCCUGGCAGCCAUGGCAUACGACCGGUAUGCCGCCAUCUCCAACCCUCUGCUCUACACUGCCAUCAUGUCACCCACCCUCUGUGUGAGGAUGGCCAUAACAGCGUACGCUGGUGGAUUUCUCACGGGAUUGGUCCAAGCCACUUCCAUAUUCCAGCUCCAUUUCUGUGGGCCACGAGUCAUUAACCACUUUUUCUGUGACCUGCCACCCCUGCUGGUCUUGUCUUGUUCUAGUACCUUCCUCAGCCAGGUAGUAAACUUUCUUGUUGUGUGUGCAGUUGGUGGGACAUCAGCUCUUGUUGUUCUGGUUUCUUAUGGCUACAUCAUUACUGCUAUUAUGAAGAUCCAUUCAACCCAAGGGCGGAGGAAGGCUUUCAACACCUGUGCCUCUCAUCUGACCACAGUGAUUCUCUUUUAUGGCUCUGGUCUCUUCUCAUACCUUCAUUCUAGUGCUGGAUACUCACAGGACCAAGAUAAGGUGGUGUUCAUGCUCUAUGGAGCCGUGAUUCCCAUGCUGAACCCUAUCAUAUAUAGUUUGCGAAACAAGGAAAUCAAAGAUGCAUUGAAAAAACUCAAGGAGAGGAAGAAGCAGAUGUCUUUUAUGUGUUUUUUAGUUCCUUGAGCUAAAAAGUCUUAAGUUUUGCUAUAUGUAAAUAGGCAUAAUACAAUAAUAAGUGAUUCACAGACUCUGAAUAAUAAAUUAAAGAAGCUACGAAUAAGACCCCCAACCUACAUGUCUCCUGUAUAAAUUAGGUUCAACAGCUGUUUGUUUUCUUCCCUUUACUUGUUAUGGAUCAAUAGGGUUUUAAUUUGGGUCAUCUGCAGCAGAAAAUAAAUGUUUUUCAUAAUGUUCCUUAGCUGUAUGGCACCAGACGGUGGGUUCAGGAGACCAUGCCUUAGAACUAACUGGGGCAUGGCCUUAGGACCACAAGCAUUCAAUUGAGAGUUUUUUACAAUAUUACACUGCUUGUGUCAAUCCAUUCACGAUUUGGGACAACUUUUGUUUUUCUUGCCAUGGAUUCACACUUAUUCAAGGGCUGUGGCUGACCAGGAAGGCUGACUCUGGAUUAAAACUUGAGAAGCCUAACUGAGCUGGGUUCAGGGAUGAUUACUCAGAGCCAGGAGAGUGAUAAGGUACCUGGAAACCAUGUCUGAGAAGAGCCAAGGAUCACGCAUUUGGAAUCAUAAUGUCUCCUGGGGCCAGAAAUAGGAGCCAAACUCAGCUGAUAACAAUGAUGCAAAGUCACAGUGAGAAGACCUAGAGAAUAGAGUGUCAUAAGGUUAAUUUUCAUGCCUGAACCUCCUAGUGACUGGGUGGGACUACCUGGUUUAAGGAACAGCCAAGAAUCAGAUGCUUCCCCUAGAAACUUUGAUUCCAUAUCUGCUUUCUAGGUCAGUUCUCACUCUUGGCCUUAUGUGGAUAUUUGACCCACUUGUUGUCCUCACCCCAUCCCCAAUUCUUUUCUACCUCAAAUGCUAGACUUGGAUUCUGUCUCCUGUAUCCCUGGAAUCAGAGCUCAGCUUGCCUCACGGUUCUGACGUCCUUGCUGUCAUCUUCAUGCAUUGUUUCAGAAGGGCCCAUGGUCUGAGAAAGGGCAUGAUCUGAGAUAGGCUAACCAAGUCAUGAUCUGAAAUAGGACAACCAAGUUGCAAGAGUCUGUAGCCGAAUUGAGUUGACUUCUAAAUUGUCUAAUUCUAUUUUGCAAGAUGGUUCUUGAGGAAAGGACGAACAUUUCUGAAGUUCUGCUUCUUCAGUGUGCAUACAAAUCCUGGUGAAUCAUGGUAGCCAUCCCGAGGUCACGUCUACUUUGGCUGUAACCAUUCUGCCUCAGUCCUGUUUUCAGUUCGUGCUGCCAUUUGGUUCGUGCUCUGACCACUGGGGUGAGAAUCGCUGCACUGUGUCUCCACAGCACAGUUAUCUGUCUCCAUCCUAAGUUGCUAACAUCCUUGUCUAAACUGUCUCCUAUUGUUUCCCCAAAACAUAGGAUGUGACUGGGACAAAUUAUGUGCUUAAUUAGUAUUUGUUUAAUCAAUGAAUAAAAACAAAUCCCAAUUCACUUGACAGAUAAUUUAGAGAUUUUAUGCCAAGGAAGAGAAUAAACACUGAAUGCUUUUUAUAUGCCAGGCACUGUGCCCAGUGAUUUAAAAAAAUGUAUUUUAACUCUUUAACAUUAGCACAGGUUUCUUGAUAAAUUAAAAAAUUACACAUAAGAAAAGUUUUCUUUUGACCAUAACCCUCAACUUCAAUUUCAUCCUGGAUGCCCUGAGGGGUAACAACUAUUUAUGUUGGUAUAUAAAUUGACAUUUUUUUGCAUGUAAAUAUUCACAUAUGUGACAAUCAAAAAUAGUGCUUUACGUGGCUCUGUGUAUAUUUACAUAAAUGGUAUUGUAUUGAAUGUUCAUUUUAUACCUUGCUUUUUUUUAAAGUUAACAUUGUUUUUUGGAGCUCUUUCCAUGCUAUAUGUAUCAACCUGUCUCAGUCUUUUUAAUUGUCUUACAGAACAGAUACACGAGAACUUAAUGUACUUCUUCCUCCGUUGACGGGCAUUGAUGGAAAUGACUUAGUUUCAAGUUUUGCUGGUUAAUUCCAAACAGUGUUGCAAUAUGCAUGUGUGUACAUCCUUCUUCAUGCUAAUAUGCACUGUUUAUGGUAGAAACAGAGAAGUUGUAUUGCUGCUUAUAGCAUAUGGGUACUUUCAAAUUUAUAUAGACAUUGUCAAUUUUGCUAAAGUGCCUACCAGUGGAUGCUCCUGCCCGCAGUGUGCGAGGGCACCUAUCUCCUCAUACCCUUCAUGAAGGAUAAUAUCAUCCGAACUUACUUUUUAGGCUAUCUAAUGGGCUCUCCACACAGGGUCAGGUAAGAGU